CACGGAAAUGUAAACAGUCGGUUAAACCGUAUGAGUGUUUCUGAGAGGUUUGUUUUUAUCGGGAUCUUUUUUUAGAAACUAAAAGAUUACAGAAAUGACAAGCGACAAAACUGCGCACUGGAAAGAUGUUCUGAAAAGACGACUGGCCUCCGUUAAACCUGACUGUAGGAGUGAAGAAGAGAAAAAAGCAGAGGAGAUGGAGCUCUUCACUAAAUUUUAUACAGAAUGGAAGGGAGGAGGAAGUAAAGAUGGGACAUUUAAACACAUCCCACGCUUCUACUAUAGACUUCCUGCAGAGGAUGAAGUGUUGCUACAGAAACUGCGAGAGGAGUCAAGAGCCGUGUUUCUGCAGAGGAAAAGUCGCGAGCUCCUCGACAAUGAAGAGUUACAGAACCUGUGGUUUCUCCUCGAUAAACAUCAAGUGCCUCCUACGAUCGGUGAUGAAGCCAUGAUCAACUAUGAGAGCUUCCUGAAGGUCGGAGAGAAAGCAGGAGAAAAGUGCAAACUGUUCUUCACUGCCCGAGUUUACGCCAAGCUGCUUCAUAAUGACCCGUAUGGACGCAUCUCCAUCAUGCAGUUUUUUAAUUAUGUCAUGAGAAAAGUGUGGCUUCACCAGACGAGGAUCGGUCUGAGUCUGUACGACGUGGCAGGACAGGGAUUUCUCCGCGAGUCUGAUUUGGAGAACUACAUCCUGGAGCUGAUCCCCACUCUGCCUCAGUUGGAUGGCUUGGAGAAAUCCUUCUACUCUUUUUACGUCUGUACUGCUGUGCGCAAGUUCUUCUUCUUCCUCGACCCUCUGCGCACGGGUAAAAUUAAAAUUCAGGACAUUCUGGCUUGCAGUUUUCUGGAUGACCUGCUUGAGCUCAGAGAUGAGGAAUUGUCUAAAGAGAGUCAGGAGUCCAACUGGUUCUCAGCUCCGUCUGCACUCCGUGUCUAUGGUCAGUACCUGAACCUGGAUAAGGAUCAUAACGGGAUGCUGAGUAAAGAGGAACUGUCUCGCUACGGCACAGGAACAUUAACCAGUGUUUUCCUGGACCGUGUUUAUCAGGAGUGUCUCACCUAUGAUGGGGAAAUGGACUAUAAGACGUACCUGGACUUUGUCCUUGCUCUGGAGAACAGAAAGGAGCCAGCAGCACUGCAGUACAUCUUCAAGCUCCUGGACAUUGAGAACAAAGGCUUUCUCAACGUCUUCACACUCAACUACUUCUUCAGGGCUAUACAGGAGCAGAUGAAAAUUCAUGGACAGGAGCCUGUGUCUUUUCAAGAUGUCAAGGACGAGAUCUUCGACAUGGUGAAGCCCAGAGACCCGUAUAAGAUCACGCUGCAGGACCUGGUGAACAGCGGUCAGGGCGACACGGUCUCCAGCAUCCUCAUCGACCUCAACGGCUUCUGGACCUACGAGAACAGAGAAGUUCUGGUCACCACCGAGGAGAGCAGUGUGGUUGACUUGGACGACACGUGACCACAGCACACACCCAGAGAUACAGACUGGGUCUGUAGAUUUCACCAGUACGAGCGUCAGUGCUGGAAUUAUUGGCACCCUCUGUACUUAUGGGUUAAAAUAACGCCUGGUAAUCAGUUUAUACCGCAGUGUGAGGGACCUUAAAACACUUAGAAUAGAGUUUUGUAUUUUAUAUAUAUAAAAAGGUCAAUAAUUCUAGACGAAGGUGUAGACAAUUCUGUUCCUUUUUAACCUAAUCAUUUAUCACACAUGAUUAAGUUUCAAUAGUUUAUUAAAGUAAGUCACGUUAUGUACAGUUUUAUUUAAACAAGCUGAACAUAUUAGAGAGAGAGAGAGAGAGAGAGAGAGAGAGAGACAUACAUGUAAAGGAACUGUACAGAAAUAAAUUAUACAGUUUUAAA